CCCGCCUCCCCAGCCUCUCCUCUCAGUGCUCCACUGCCCCCACCCUCCGCCCCUUCUUCCUGCCAGAGCUGUGCCAGCAGCGAUCUUUAGAGCGCACAGAAACGGCAGUCCCAGCGAAGGCAAAAGCUCAUGCCACGCCAAAAGCAUUUAGUUUCUUCAGGACCGGUGGUGAAUGGAUUGUGAAGUCCAAUGAAGUCCACGUUGGUCAUAAGCCUGGAUUUUGUCGCCUCCAUUGCCUCAGCUGACCCUACCAGAAGCCCAGUCAAAGGGGCGGCCCCGCACCUCUCAGGGAGUUGAUAUGCAAAAUAGUUACGUCAGAUGAUGGGGGCGGGGCGCGCCCGGCUUGAGUGGCAGCAGCUUUUGCUGUGGGAGGAGGCGCGAGAAUCAGCCUGGUUCAGUGACUGAGACAAACUGGAGGUGAGAGGAGCUGGUGCUGUCCACUGGGCUGUCGGUGCUGAACCUGGGACGCGAGCGGACGGGGUGCUUCAGCACCUCGAGGCAACGCCCUCUUGCACUCUCUGUGCCCUGCGGGACCCGCUUCACCAGCAGGACCAUAUCAACUUGACAAAGGAGUGUGGUAUCGGACGUGGGAGAGAGUCCUCUGUUUGCCACCUGGGCGCCCAUUCAAGCGUGACUUUGGAGAUUUCUAUAGUUUUAGACCAAACUAUUUUCCUCUUUUCCCAGCUAAAACAAUCUUUUAGGUUUUUUUUUUAACUAUUAUUAUUACUGUGAUUUAUAUACCUACACCAUUUAAGAAUCUUUCUGGGAGACUUUUUUGACUCUUAAAAUAAGGUGGAAAGCAAUAAGAAUGUUUAAGUGCUGGUCAGCUGUUUUGGUUCUUGGAUUCAUUUUUCUGGAGUCAGAAGGAAGGCCAACCAAAGAAGCAGGAUAUGGCCUUAAAUCCUACCAACCUCUAAUAAGAUUGCGACACAAGCAGGAAAAGAGUCAAGAAAGUUCAAGAAUCAAAGGAUUCCUGAUUCAGGAUGUCCCUUUGGGGUCUUGUGAAAAUAAAUACUGUGGUUUGGGAAGGCACUGUGUCAUCGGCAGAGAGACAGGGCAAGCAGAAUGUGCCUGUAUGGACCUUUGCAAACGUCACUACAAACCUGUGUGUGGAUCUGAUGGGGAAUUUUACGAAAACCACUGCGAAGUACAUAGAGCUGCUUGCCUGAAAAAGCAAAAGAUUACCAUUGUUCACAAUGAAGACUGCUUCUUUAAAGGAAAUAACUGCAAGACCACUGAAUACAACAAGAUGAAAAGCAUGCUUUUAGAUUUACAAAAUCAAAAAUAUAUUACACAAGAAAAUGAAAACCCUAACGGUGAUGACCUGUCUUGGAAGAAGUUGUUGGUGGAUCAAAUGUUUAAAUAUUUUGAUGCCGACAGUAACGGACUUGUAGAUAUUAAUGAACUAACUCAGGUGAUAAAACAGGAAGAACUUGGCAAGGAUCUUUCUGAUUGUACUUUGUAUGAUCUACUGAAAUACGAUGAUUUUAACUCUGACAAGCACCUGGCUCUUGAAGAAUUUUAUAGAACAUUCCAGGUUAUCCAGUUGAGUCUGCCUGAAGAUCAGAAACUAAGCAUUACAGCAGCAACCGUGGGACAAAGUGCUGUUCUGAGCUGUGCCAUUCAGGGGGCACUGAGACCCCCCAUCAUCUGGAAAAGGAACAAUAUUAUUCUAAAUAAUUUAGAUUUGGAAGACAUCAAUGACUUUGGAGAUGAUGGGUCCUUGUAUAUUACUAAGGUUACCACAACUCACAUGGGCAAUUACACCUGCUAUGCAGAUGGUUAUGAACAAGUCUUUCAGACUCACAUCUUCCAAGUAAAUGUCCCUCCAGUGAUCCGGGUGUAUCCAGAGAGUCAGGCUCGAGAACCUGGGGUAACUGCAAGUCUCAGGUGCCAUGCAGAGGGCAUACCAAACCCUCAGCUUGGCUGGCUGAAGAAUGGAAUCGAUAUUACACCAAAGCUGUCCAAACAACUCACACUUCAAGCAAAUGGCAGCGAGGUUCAUAUAAGCAAUGUGCGCUAUGAAGAUACAGGAGCAUACACUUGUAUCGCAAAGAAUGAAGCAGGAGUGGAUGAAGACAUCUCUUCUCUUUUCGUGGAAGAUUCUGCCAGAAAGACCCUAGCUAACAUAUUAUGGAGAGAAGAAGGUCUGGGAAUUGGGAACAUGUUCUAUGUUUUUUAUGAAGAUGGAAUCAAAGUGAUACAACCCAUAGAAUGUGAAUUUCAGAGGCACAUUAAGCCUAGUGAAAAGCUCCUUGGAUUUCAGGAUGAAGUAUGUCCCAAAGCUGAAGGAGAUGAAAUUCAGAGGUGUGUGUGGGCCUCAGCUGUUAAUGUCAAAGACAAGUUCAUUUAUGUUGCACAGCCAACUUUGGACAGAGUCCUUAUCGUUGAUGUGCAGUCCCAAAAAGUUGUUCAGGCAGUAAGCACAGACCCUGUGCCAGUUAAAUUACACUACGACAAAUCACAUGACCAGGUAUGGGUGUUAAGCUGGGGUACCAUGGAAAAGACUUCUCCAACAUUGCAAGUAAUAACCCUGGCCAGUGGGAAUGUUCCCCACCAUACUAUUCACACCCAGCCUGUGGGAAAGCAGUUUGACCGAGUGGAUGAUUUUUUUAUCCCCAUGACAACACUCAUCAUCACACAUAUGAGGUUUGGAUUUAUUCUUCACAAAGAUGAAGCUGCAUUACAAAAAAUUGAUCUUGAAACCAUGUCAUACAUCAAGACAAUUAACUUGAUGGACUAUAAGUGCAUUCCUCAGUCAUUGGCAUAUACACACUUGGGAGGAUACUACUUUAUUGGCUGCAAACCUGACAGCACUGGGGCAAUUCCACCACAGCUUAUGGUGGACAGUGUAACCGACUCAGUCAUUGGAUUCAAUAGCGAUGUGACGGGCACUCCAUAUGUCUCUCCAGAUGGGCACUAUCUUGUCAGCAUUAAUGAUGUGAGAGGUCUUGUAAGGGUCCAGUACAUUACCAUCCGAGGAGAAAUACAGGAGGCUUUUGAUAUUCACACAAAUCUGCACAUAUCUGAUCUGGCAUUUCAGCCAUCCUUUACUGAAGCUCACCAAUACAACAUUUAUGGUAGUUCAAGCACACAAACUGAUGUGCUCUUUGUGGAGCUCUCCUCUGGGAAGGUUAAGAUGAUAAAGAGUCUUAAGGAACCACUCAAGGCAGAAGAAUGGCCUUGGAACCAGAAGAACAGGCAAAUCCAGGACAGUGGCUUGUUUGGUCAGUACCUGAUGACACCUUCCAAGGACUCUCUCUUUAUACUAGAUGGACGACUCAAUAAGUUAAACUGUGAGAUCACUGAAGUUGAGAAAGGAAAUACAGUCAUUUGGGUUGGAGAUGCCUAGAAGCCCUAUUAGAUAAUUAUUGAAUGAAGAGUUUUCCAGUACAUUGCACUUAACCCAUUGUUUAAAUUUACAGCUUAACUUUUCAAGAUCACACCCUAGUCAAACAUAAGUUACUUGAUAGACCCAAAUCAAACAGAUUUUUUCUUUUGCAAAGAUGAACACAAUUAGUAAUAUUGGUUGACUGGAAAUAUUUAACACGACAUUUAAUAAAAAAACUAGAUCAAUCACAAGAUUCAAAUCUAUAAUUACAUUCAAGCCAACAAAGUAGAAAUUUAAACAAUUAAAAAAUAACUGCAGGGAAUUUCAGAUGACUUUAAGCAUUUCAUUUUGGAAGUGGUUUAUCUAUUAUUUUUUCUCUGUCUUUUGGUAUGCUUAAACUAGAAAUAAAAAGGUUUUGUGGAACCUUAAAAUUCUUACUUCAAAAUAUUCUGUCCCAUCCACUGUUUAUAAUCUUUUGUGCCUUGAAGGGAAUGUCACAAGAGGAAAAAGUAGGCUGAAAGCUGCAUACUGAACACCCUCAUAACCACAAAUCUUUUGUCAUUAAAAGAGAAAAGUUUAACAUCUCUUACACCAAAUCCUGUCUUCAGCAUUGGUUUAAACCUCAACGAAAUAUCAUUUGAAGGCAUAAGUUGGCCUUAGGUCGUACACCAGUGACAAACUCUAUUUAAUACUUACUAUAUGGUCUGCAGCAUGCUAUGGAAAAUGAGGAGGAAAGGAGGAAAAAUAAUUAUGAAAAAAUGUUUGCAAUGUAUUCUCUAUUCAUUUUGCUUUUAAUCAUUGGAGUGCAUUGUAUUUUUAAUGCAAGUUUGUCUGGGAUGUCAACUGCUUACAAAUGUUUAUUAUUAGCAGAAUCGAUUCCUUUCUUUUCAUGUAGUCCAGAAUUGAAUCAGCAGGAACUUUCAGUUUUAAAAAAGUAGUACCAUUUGUAUCUGCUUAGAGUAAACCUCAUAUGGGGAAAUUAACACCAAGAACUGAUGAAUAUUAGCGGGUUAGGAGAAUUAGUAGCAGAAAUUGGAAAUAAGGGGAUAGCUCCACAGUGGUGAGUAAAGACAUACUUCACUAUUGCCUUGGCAAUUUAAAUAUAACUCAUCAAAGAACUUCAUUCCUUAAGAACUUUCCUAAAUAACUUCUGCUCAACUCCCACAUAAUCCUUAAAUGACCCCCUCAUUAACUGUGUGCUAUGGUUUGAAACCUAACUAAUCCUCUUAUUUGAGAAACUGUAUAGAAGUAAAAAUUAUUGCUUCUUUUUUUUUUAAGGGCAAAUAAAAGGCCAGUAGACGUGGAUUAAAACUAGAAAGUUGGUUUACUGAAAUAAGCAGAUAAUUAUCUAGGCUUAAAGUAAUAGCUUACAUGUUUGAAGAAUCUUUUUACUUAUUUUUUUUAAUUGUUGCUAAAAAUGCUAAAUGGGCUGUUGAAAUGACCUCCGUUUACUGAAGGUAAUCCAAUAAGGUCUUUUUUAAAUACAAAUUUUACUCAAGUUUAAAUUGUAUAAAACUGCUUAGAAACCUGAAAUUUUAUAGUGUGUAAUAUCUUAUGUAUAUAUAGCAUCCUGAGCUGUGUGAUACAGUAGAUUUCUUCUUAGCUUAAGGAAACAUUAUGGGAGGUAGAUUUAAUAACAAAGAUCAGCUUAUGUUUCUACUUACCUGCUUUCCUUUUUAGCGAUUUUCUCCCUUGUGAACAUGAACCAUAUAAAGUGUCUAAUGAUUUAAUGUAAGUCUGUCUCAUACAUCCUUCUUCAGUAGCUUACACCAUGUGGAUGCUCUGUCUGUAGACAUUGCUUGAUAAAAGGAGAAUAAACCUCUUAAAUUUUAA